AAUAACCAUGAAUAAUGUGUCGAGUUAUUCUAUGUGCCAUGUUUGAGGUUGUACAGCUUCCAUUACGAUGUUAUCAUCCCGUCGAGUGAUUUCUUUCUUUUGGAGUGAUUUUCUGUAGUCCUUCUCCUUCAACUACUCUUUUGUUUUGUGAUUUUGGGUUAAAGCUUGGUUCAGAUUACCAGUACGUGUUGAAUGCAAAAGGGUCUACACCUGCGGAGGUGAUGGGCAUUGACUACAAGUCAACCCUAAAGCCGGCACUCGACAUGCAUGCCGAUGACAUCAACAAAAGCUCGGUGGAGAAACUUGAAGAGUUAAUCAUCUUUCAGCAACAGUCCAAAGAAACUGCUGCUAGAAUUGAGGAGAAGAGAAACCGUGUCUUGCAACUUCAUUCACGUGUUGAGGAACUUGAAGAUCAAAUGAAUCUACUGAAGCAAGAAAUGCAAGACUACAUUCAUAGAUGUGCACUGGAGGUGCAAAGGAUGGUGGAGGAUGUUGAAGUAGAAGCUCAUAACUUGAACAUCGUGGAAAGAGAAGCUGCAGAGGUCUUGAAGACAUCUAAAAUAAAGCAGCAGGAAGCCAUCAAAGAAAGCGAAGAAGAAAUCCAGAAGCGCGCUUUUGAGCUCUUUUCAUUGGUUGAUAUGGUCUCAAAGCACGAAGAGUAUAUGGAAUGCAAAAUCUCCGAGAUAAAGACCAAUCUCUCGGAGACCGCUAAUACUAUCUCGGCAGACUACAGAGCCUCCUUGCCUGCACAAAUGAGCUCAGUGAUUUGAAGCAUGUGAAUCGUCAAAAAUAGUAAGCUAUACAAUACCAUCGUAAAUCCUCGUUCUCUCGGUGUGUUUUGUUUUCUGAUCAGGCAACUGCCAUUCUAUUGCUUGCUUCUCACCUAACUGGUGUCUCUGCGACUUGGGUACACAAUUGCCUCAUUAUGCACAUGCCUUACUGUACUUAAACAAGCGGAAGUGUCUUCUAGUCUUGUGAAAAUGAAUAUGUCAAUCCGGUCAAACUUUGUGG